CUUUGUUCUUGCUUCCCGUCCUAAUCCACGUUAAUCAGUUCCUAACAUCAAUAAUAAUAGUAAUAAUUUUAGUACACAGCGCUAUCGCCGUCGUUGCUCCCGUUUUGACUCUUUACCACUCUCGCUUUUUAGGGAAUAUUUCUAUGUAUUUCUAUAAACACCCUCCAGCAAAUCAUAGUUCGCAGCAGUAAGCAAGCAAGCAAGCAAAGCUAGAAAAAACAGGGAUCUUGUUUUUGGGUCGUUAGACAGGCAGGCACGGCUGGCAGGCUGGUAGGCUAGAUUUGGUAACAUCAUAAUUCACUUACAAACCAAACGACGCACUGCCACAACAACGCCCCAAAGUAACCCGAUAUCCGAUCUCCUUUCCUAAAUCCUCCCUCGUUUUUCAUAAUCAUUUUCUCGUAUCCAUAUUUUUAUAUUUACAAAAUAAUAUUCCCAUAUCUUUCAAGUGCAUUUGAAACAUUUCCCCCCGUCGCGCGCAUCCAAUCAAUUGCAAGGUCCAGCGAGACUGCUGCUCUUCCCAGCAACGAUGUGGCCCUAGUGGUCCUGGAUCCUUAUCCUUCAGCGUUAAGCCUUGGGCGACACUAUCUUGGUACUACUCUCCCGACGACGAACGAUGCGAAAUCAUACUUUAAGGCCUCUUAGUUCGCCUACGUCCUAUACCUCCUAUACGUCCUAUUCAAGCUUCGCCGACGUCGACGCCGACAACGACGCCGAGUUUGACCAGAAUCAAGAUGUAUAUGCGGCAGAUGAUGCUUCGUCCGUCAAGAUGAUAAAGAUGAUAGGCACUUAUGAGUCCGAGCAAGAUAGAUGCUUGCCAUUAUUGUCUUCGCCAGCUUCUACUCCCCCAACAACACGAAAUUUCGGAAUCCCGUCCCUCUCCAGGAUUGUAGUCGGUUCCUUGGUGGCAUGCACUUGGAUUCGUACCGCAUCCUCUGUAAAAGUCGCGUUCGACAACUGUCUAGAUAGCAACUACAUCUACUCCAACCAACCUCCAGAGCAAGUUCAGCUUCAAUGGGUUCCUCUUUAUGUCGACGCUAAAUUCGAUACCGAGAAUCCAAACCACAACCUGAUCGUAACAGUUUGGGGGAAUGUGACGGGGCGCGUUGGCACCGAUACCCUGCCACCAUGGAAUUCGUCGGAGUGGGAUGACCCGAGUCAAGUACUGAAUGGGAAGAUACAAAACGAGCCCGAACCGAAUCUACCGGCCGAUCAACGUAAAGUUACAACAUUAUACUACAAAGUUGACGUCUCGACGUACGAGCCUUAUCGUGACACCGUGAACUUCUGCGACAAUAUCUUGAACGGGUCGUGUCCGCUCGGCCCCGUGUUCAAGGAUCAGAUAUCUCAAGAUUCACCACCCUACGACUUCCCCUCGUUUAACCUCACGAAUGACAUGUCUUCAACCUACGCGUUUACGUCAUUUGCUCCCACUUUCAUUAUUUGGUAUGGCGAUUCUGGGAAGACUACGAUUGGAUGUGUUUCUACUAUUCUCACGCCGGACCUCGGUGGAAUCGCUUGGUCUCUGAAGUUUCUCCCGCUAUUUGUACUGAUCUUGGUGGGGUUUGCGACAGCUUUCGCAGGAAUUUUCAGCCCAUGGGGCACGAGUGAUGUCUUCCAUUGGACAUCAAAUUACGGUAGAGACCCUGAUCUUUUACGCCUGGUUACUCCUGGGUUCGGCGACUGUCUCCAGUAUAUCCAGUACGUCCUUCUUACCGGUGGUCUUACCCUGGAAUACCCCGGAUUCUAUCAGCCAGUUACGAGUCAGGUCUCUUGGUCUGCGUUGAUGUUCAACCAAAGCUUCGUCUCCAAUACGGAACCCUGGCAGAGUCUGGUUGACGGACUCUAUAAGACUGAUGGCGAGUACGGUCUUGAGAAUAUUGCGCAAUUAGAGGGCAUGGCUCGGGUCGAAGAUAUUUGGGCCGGUAUGAUGGUAUGGUUACUGGUCAUCAUUGGGGCCGUGCUCUUCUUAUUACAAGCCUGGUUCUUUGUACGAUGGCUAUUACGAUAUAUCAACCACGUCCCCGAGGAAGAUCUUCGAUCCAAAAAUAUACCUUUCUCGAUCGGCAAUAUCAUUCGUAUCGUCUUCAGCUAUUUCUUACUCCCCGUUGUCGCCCUGACCGCUUUCCAGCUAGUGGUUGCGGAUCGUUCCACGGGCUAUCUUGUAGGGUUAGCCGUUCUUACUUUGGUCUUGAUCAUUGGAUUUGCGAUAUGGCUCAUAUACCUCAUUAUAAGUACCAAGCCUAGGGCGCACCUGUUUGACGACCUCCCGACCGUGCUCCUUUACGGGCCCCUUUACAAUACAUAUUCUGAUCAAGCGGCUGCUUUCGCGAUAAUUCCAAUUAUACUAACACUAUUGCGAGGCAUCGCUAUUGGCGCUGUGCAGCCAUCGGGUACCGCACAGGUAGUAAUAUUGGCCGUAUGCGAAGUGAUUCAAAUACUAACACUUCACGCGUUUCGGCCUUUCCAUUCGCCUACUUCGAUGAACGCCUAUCAUACAGGAUUUUCGAUAGUUCGCUUUGUAUCGGUGAUACUCAUGGUUGCAUUUACGCCAAGUUUAGGAGUUUCGGAGGGUCAGAAGAGCUGGAUUGGUUACGUGAUCUUACUGAUACACGCAUGUGUACUGAUUUUUGGCUUCCUGCUAAAUGCGCUACAGACGAUCAUCGAGGUCAUCGCACGGCUAUUAGGUGCUGGGGGCGAUAACAUCGACGGGCAGAGAAGGGGCGGACUUUCCAAGAUUUUCGGUGCCCGCCAAUUAUCCAGACGCGUAGAUCGACGCGGCGGUCCGUCCCGUCAAAGUCAACUUAGUAGUACGGCGAUGCUAACCUCUGAAACUGCAACGAAGCGCGGGUACGGACGCGUAAGAAGCGAAUCAGCUGGUAGCAUUGGGAUGCUCGCCAGUCCCAACAUGAGAAGUUCGAGUGCUUUAGAUGCCCGAAGUCUGGAUGCGUAUUCAAUUCCACUUGGCAGCGGCGGUGCUUUCACUCCGACGACGACAACCCCUGGGGAAACUAGUACAUUCUCCUUCCUACCGUCUCCAGGGCAAGCUACUCGUCCUCAGCCCACGGCUGAUCCCUACUACCGCCCCCCACGUGCCCGCCGAGCUACUAACGAUGAGAUGGGCACCGCGUCACCACAUCGGGCGCGUAGCUCCCUGGCUAGCAUUGACCUAUCAAAUCAUCGGUUAAGUGAACCCGCGGGAGCAACGACAGGCGGAGAUGACGAUGCACUCCCUGUGGGGAAGAUGAACCCAGCUCCGGCACCUGCACCAUAUAUACCGGUUUUUGCACCAAGAGCAGACUAUUCGACCCGUGAAGUCGACUUCUAUUACGGGGUGCGUGGCCCCGCAUUAAACUCGGAGGGACCCGGCCGCAAGUUAGGCACAGGUCCAGCAGAUCCUACCAGCCCAGUCGCGACUGCUACUGGAUGGCUUAAACGCCUUUUCGGCGGUAAGACUAAAGAGAAGGGCAAGGGUUUCGAGGUAGUCAGAAGCGCCCGAAUGCCUCCUGCGAUGAGGGCCAGAAAUGGCGAGCUCGCCGAGGAGCCACCGGAGGGCAUACCCGUAGCAAUGGGUGUACUUCGAAAUGGCCCAAUAGAGAGCGACGACGAGGAGGAUACGCCAAAAUCGAAGAAGACCAAGCGCGUCGUCGAAGACAGCGCCCAAGGCGAAUUGCUUAACGAAGACGGUGAGCCUCAACAAUCAGAUGGCGAGCCUCGAUCGGAUGACGACACGGACGUCGAAAUACCCAGAGUCGCCGAAGAGCCGCCCCUUUUACCCGAUCUCGACGCAGGCGAAAGCUUUAGGGUCCCUAGUAGAGUGCACUCCAAGGCGAGCAGGCAUCCGUCACAGAGAACGGUGAAAGGUCCGUCAGGAGUUGAGGAAGUGCCAGCAGUGCCCGAGGUACCCAGGAAGAGCUCGAAACGAAAUUCCAGCGUAAACCCGUUAGAGAAUAGGCAACUUAUUGAUAUCGUGCCGCCUGUAGGGGUACCAAUGGUGCAGACUCAGUCUAAUAAUACGGGACCGUCGGGAAGCAUGUCUGCAAGAUUGCCAUUUGAUCGGACUAAUUCGCAAAAGUGCCAUUCGUUGUCGUCGGUGGCAGGAACAGAAGCGUCCAGCCACGUACCGUCAGCCGACGGCACAGAAGACAGACCUACAAACUACGGUUACGUUCAUCAACAUAAUAUCAGCAGAGUCGAACCGGAGCAGGGGGUGGAUCUACUUGGAAGCUCGGCAGAGGUAGUGGACAUGUCGAGGAAGCCAAGCCCCGGCUCGUCGGUAUCUAGGCGGUCUGAUCACUAAACAUGUCACACAUGCACACACUUACACACCUACACCUACACCUUAGUAUUAGAUAUUUACGUGUAACGAAUUUCCUUGAAUCGCUGUAUAGGACGGAUGUAUAGAGUUCGAGCAGCCCUUUGGCAAGGGUUAUAAUAGGAAUUUCAGCGAGGCGGUUUGAAAUUUUGCGGUUGGGACUAGCAAGGCGCUUUAGGAUCUGAUCACUCGCAUCUUAGGGCAACGAUGUUUCGAUGCCUUUUACCAAUCCUUGUUUGUACUCGUACGCGACGAGUUGGCCUUGUGUUGAGCGAUGGCGUACAAAAAAAAUGGCGAGGAUAUAGUAUAGGAGGGUUGGAAAUAGGUACAUGUCAGAGGAAGGGCGUAGCAUAUAUAUACCUUAUAUAAUUGCAUGCGGAAG